AUGCAUCGAAAUGGAAUAAAAAAAAAAAACUCCUAUAUAGUGGGAGAAAAAAAAAAGAUAUUAGAUAAUAUUCGUUUAAAAGAACAAAAAAUAGUACAGGAUAAAUGUAAAAUAUCUAGAAGUGACUGUGAAGAAUUUAUAAGAAUUGUAAAAAAGGAUACUAUUAAUUGUAUGUUUGAAGAAUUUAUCAUUAAUAAAAAUACAAAAAAUAAUAAAAUUAAUGCAGAUGAUUUAAUUUCGUUAAUUUCUAAAAAAAAAAAGAGAUGCUUUUAUAUACCUAUUGUUAUUUAUAUAGGAAAAUGGAAUUAUUUAAAUGAUUAUGAAAAAAAAUUGAAAACAGAAAAAGAUUUAAAUGAAAAAGAACAAAAAAAAGAAAAUGAUAAGUUAAAAAGACAAUAUGAAAAAGAUAGUAAUAAUAAAAAGGAAAACGAAUUGAAAAGAUAUAUUUCUGAAGAAUUAAUAUUCAACUUUUAUGAUGAAAGUGGCAAAUUAGAAGCUAAUUAUGAUAAUGAAUUAAUAUUAGAACAUAAAAAUGAAGGGGAAUAUAAAAAUAGCAAUAAUCCUUUUACAGGGAUUAAAGAAAAUUUUGAUAAUAAUGAGAAUCAUAAAGAAAAAAUAGUAAAAGAAAAAAAAUUAUAUGAAGAAGAAAACAUAGAAUUAGAUGAAGGCAUGAAAAAGGGUAAUAAAAAAUCAUUUAUUCAAUUAGGUAAUAUAUGUAAAAAAAAUUCUGGGAAAUAUGAUAGUGUUAUAAUGAGGAAGUAUUCUCUAAAUAGAAAAAAUGAGUGUAUUCCUGAAGAUAAUUAUAAAAAAUGCGAAAAAAAUGAAAGUGAAAAUUUGAAUGAGUCAAACGGUUAUAAAAAUGAAGAAAACAGAAAAAGUUAUUAUAAUUUAUUAUUACGUAAAGUUCUGAAUAAUAAGCAAAAAAAAUGUAAAAAAAAGAAAUAUCUAAAAUCAUUUAAUUUAGUCGUUUAUUUUAAAUUAAAUGAAUUAAUUUAUAUUUCUUAUUUAAUUGAAAGAUACUAUAAUUAUUAUUAUAAAAAAGAAUUUUAUGAUUUAAUUGAUAUAUAUGAAGAAAUUAAUAGAGGAAACAAAAAAAAUAUAGAUUUUACAAAUAAUAGUGAAAAUGAUUUACUAGAUGGUAGGAACUUAUUAUAUUACAAAGAAAAGAAAUUAAGGUGUAAAUGCAAUGUUAAUAAUCUAAAUCCUUCUGAUAUUUUUAAAAAAUAUGAAGAAGAAAGAAAAAAGAAAAAACAAAAUAUAUAUAAUAACAACACAUAUAAAUAUAUAAAUAGUGAUUUACUAAGAAACUAUAUAUUUAUACAAAAAAAUAUGUAUGAUAUAAUGAAUUCCGUCUUAUCCAAUUUAAAUUUAUUUUUCAAUCAGAAUAUUAAUGAUAUUGAAAAAUUAAAAAAAAAUUAUGACACUGUUAUUAAAAAUAUUAGCAAAUUUAAUAAUUCCGAAUUUAGUAACGAAAAUGCAAAAGAAGAAAAUUAUGAAGGAAAUUAUUUGAGCAGGAGUGGUAACUUUAUCAUUGAAAACAAGACUCAUGAAAAAAUAGAAGAUGUGUUUAAGUUAAAUCCAAGAAAUAAGAAGAUAUUUAAUUGUAAUCAGAUAAAUAAAAAAAUCGAAAAAAAAACUGAUAAUAAUAUGAAUGAAAUGGUUGAAAAAAAUUUUAGUAAGAAUAAAAGUAUCAAAAAGAAAGAAAGUAAUUUUAGAGAUAAAAACUUAAAUAUAAAAGGAAAAGAAACAAUUGAAAUAGAAAAAGAAGAAAGUUUAAAAUAUGAAGAACAUAAAUUAUUUAAAUUAAUAUUAAAAAAAAAGAAAAAGUUAUACAACAAUAUGUUUAAAAAGUGUAAUUCUAACAUAAACUUUUCUGCAACUAAAGAUUUUGAAUAUGAAGAAAGGAAAUAUGAAUCUGACUUUACCAUCAACUACUUAAACUUAAAAUAUAGCAAGGAAGAACUUGAAAAAUUACAUAAUAAAAAUUUUAUUUAUUAUUUAACAAAUGAUGUAGAUCAAAUUAAAAUUUUAAAAAAAACUUAUUUUUAUGAUUUUUUUUUUAUUUAUUUAUUCAGAAAAUUAUUUUGGAAUAUUCUAGCACUAUAUAACAUAUACUUAGAAAAAUAUAAAAAGCUCAAUUGUGAUUUUCAUGAUGAAAAAGAAAAAAAAAUAUAUGAUAACUUAAUUAUAUAUGAAAGCGAUGUUAGCUUGAAUAAUUCAAAGAAAAAUAAAAAUCUUCUUUAUAAUACCAAAGAGUUGUUGUGUACUAAUUUAACAAAUUUAUUUGAAUUAAUUAAAAAAGAGAAAUUAUUGAUAUAUUUCAGAUAUGACGAAAAUAGGAAAAUUAAAAUAAAAAAUAGAACAGAAUAUAUUCAUAGAGAUAUUUGGAUUUAUUUAAUUCUAACUGCAUUAAAAAGAAAUUCUUUAAAAAACUUUGUUUUUAAUGAAUUUAUACUUUUUCAAAAACAUAAAAAAGUUAUAUCUUAA